AUGAGCCAGGUUCCUUUCUACAUGCCACGUGGAGAAAUACCUUACGGAGGAUUGCAUAUUAUAGAUGGUAUUGCAAGAGACGGACUGCAAGAUUCUAUGCUGAAUUCUCCUAUGGGUCUUUGUGCUGAGAAAUCGGUGAAGGAUUACAACAUUAGUCGGUCGGCUCAAGACGAAUUCGCCAUACAAAGCUAUAAGAGGGCUGAAACUGCAUGGAAGAAAGGCCUGUUCUCUGAAGAAGUGAUACCUGUAUCGGUCAAGCCACAACGGGGAGCUGCCUUAGUAGUGUCCGAAGACGAGGAAUACAAAAAGCUAGUGGAGUCAAAGGUCCCGAAUCUCAAUCCUGUUUUCGUCAAGGAUGGUUCCGGAACAAUCACUGCGGCUAACGCUUCCUCCCUGAAUGAUGGCGCGGUCGCCGCGGUGGUUGUUCGAGGUGAUCAAGUUCCCGAAGGUGUUUCCCCUCUCGCGGAAGUGCUUUCUUUCGCAGAAGCUGGAGUAGAGCCUGUCGAUUUCACCGUCGCUCCUGUGUGGGCUGUACGAAAGGUUCGUGUGGUUGAAGUCGUUUUGUCGAUCCUAUCCGAAUGUCUGGUCUACGAAUCGUACUAUCGCUAG